AUGGGGCGCCGUCGCCUGCUGCUCCUGAGCGUGGCAGCGGUGGCGGCUGUGGCCACGGGUGCUUUGCUCCUAAUUCUGCAUGGCGGCAGUGCUGAGCCCCGCUAUGUGCUGGUGAUCGACGCCGGCAGCAGCGGCACUCGCAUGUAUGCUUACACAUGGCACGACGGCAGCGGUGCUGGCGUCGCGCCGCUUCUGGCAGCGGUACCCUCCAGCGCCGCUGCCCACAAGGUACCACGCCGAGCCAUGCCCGGCAGGCGUGCCUACCAGCGUGUGGAGACGGAGCCGGGGCUGGACCAGUUCGUUGGAGAUGGGCAGGGUUUGCAGGCCAAGGCGCUAGGCCCACUGCUGGAGUGGGCAGAGGCUGUCGUGCCACGAUGGCAGUGGAAGCAGACGCCCAUGUUCCUGUUUGGCACUGCUGGGCUACGCAGGCUGAGCGCGGCGCAGCAGGAGGGCCUGCUGGAGGGCGUACGUGAUGUUCUGCAGCACAGCGUCUUCCGUUUCAGCCCGCCCUGGGCUCGCAUCAUCAGCGGCGUGGAUGAGGGGGUGUACGGUUGGGUCGCCCUGAAUUACAUGGAAGGCACGCUGCGGCGUGACAACACUGGUGCCGACACGUUGGGCGCACUGGACCUGGGCGGCUCUUCACUGGAAGUCACCUUUGCAGCCCACAGCGUGCCGUGGCCAGAGGAUGCAGUGAAUGCCACUGUGCUGGGCGCUUCCCAUCAGCUCUAUGCCCACGUGCACCAUCAUUAUGGCCUGAACGAUGCCUUUGACCGGUCUCCCUCCUCUGCCGGUCACCGCUUUGUGGCGCUCACCGGCUUCUUCGUUGUGUACAAAUUCUUCCGACUGACCCACAAUGCGAGCGCCGCAGCUUUGGAGGAGGCAGGGCAGCAAUUCUGCGCCAAGUCCUGGGCGCAGGCGCAACAGGACAGGCCAGGGGAGCUGAUGCUGGAGAAUUACUGCUUUCGGGCCUGCUGCUAA